AUGUCUUCCGAUGAUGCCAUAACAUACGAAAUAAUAGAUAGAGCAGUUGUAAUAACGUUAAAUAAACCAAAAAAGUUAAAUUCAUUAACAUUAUCAGAAUAUGAUCAAAUUGCAAAAUAUUUAGAACAAGCAAAUCAAGAACCGGAUACAAUUAUAACUCUUUUACAAUCAUCAGGUAGAGCUUUUUCCGCAGGUGCAGAUGCUCAAUUUAUAAGUCAACAAGAUUCAGAAUUAGAAACUUGGUUAAAUUUAUCAGUUGCUAAACAAACUUAUUUAGUUCAAACUAUAUUAAAUCAUAAGAAAAUAUUUGCAAUAGCUUUAAAUGGUUUUGCAAUUGGAUUAUCCGCUGCUAUAGUAGCAUUAGGGGAUUUAAUUUAUACUCAUGAUAUAAAAAAGACAUUUUUAUUGACUCCAUUUGCUAAUAUUGGAAUUGUUGCAGAAGGUGGUACUUCAGUAACAUUACCAUUAAGGUUAGGUUGGUCAAAAGCAAAUGAAGCAUUAUUAUUAUCAAAAAGAAUAAGUGGAGAAGAUUUGUAUAAAUUAGGAUUAAUUAAUAAAGAUUAUGAAGGUAAGUAUAGUUCAACUGAAAGAUUUAAUAAACAAGUAUUGGAUGAAUUAUUAGAUGCAACUGAAAAUUUACAUCCAGAAUCCAUUAUUGAAAAUAAACAAUUAUUACAAAAAAUGUAUAAACCAUUAAUAUCAUCAAAUAAUUCACAAGAAACAUUUCAAGGUUUAAAGCAUUGGACUUCAGGUAUACCAAUGGAAAGAUUUAAAAAAUUAAGUACUGGAGAAUUAAAACAUAAAAUUUAA